AUGCCCAAAGGGGAUACUACCACCAACCCUGAAACAGGCUUUUCUUUAACCCUGUCUUUAAAAGAUAUUACGUGGGAGGUGAGAGCAAACAGCCGCCACUUCCACAAACAUCGACAGCGGAGAUCCUUUCUGUGUUUCCGCUGGGGCCGAUAUGCCGACAAUGUGGUGCGCAGUUUUAAGUACUCCCCUCUGACCUUCCUACCCCUCACGCUGUACGAACAGUUCCAGCGAGUAGCUAACCUUUACUUCCUCCUCAUGGUGGUGAUGCAGUGUGUCCCUGCCAUCUCGUCCAUCCCCUGGUACACCACCACCAUUCCCCUGGUAAUAGUGCUGUCAGUACGGGGGCUUAAAGACCUGGCCAAUGACCUGGCCAGGAGACGCAGUGACUCUCAGAUUAAUAGGCGACCCAGUGAUGUUCUCAUCUCCCAGAGUUUCAGCCCAUCCCAGUGGAAGGAUGUGUGUGUGGGAGAUGUGUUGCGGAUUCACAAAGACCAGAUAAUCCCGGCAGAUCUACUGCUCCUCUGCAGCUCUGAGCCACACAGCCUGUGCUACGUAGAGACAGCUGACAUUGAUGGAGAGACCAAUCUAAAGUACCGGCAGGCCCUGGACGCCACCCACACAGAGAUGACCACUGACCCCACAGAACAGACCCUGGCUGCCUUCGAUGGCGUUGUGUUGUGUGAGGAGCCCAACAGCCAUCUGUACACCUUCCGGGGGGAGCUCCGCUGGAGAGGAGAGCGCCACCCUCUGGACAGUGAACACAUCCUGCUGAGAGGAACAGUACUUCGAAAUACAGACACAGCCUUUGGCAUGGCCAUAUACACCGGCUCAGAUAGUAAAAUCCUUCGCAACGUUGGUCGGCUCAGAGUCAAGAUGACUCAGAUUGAGAAGGUCCUGAACAAAGUUGUCAUUGGGAUAGUGCUGUUCAUACUGCUGAUGGCUCUACUGCUGGCUGUGGGGUCGGGAGUAUUUCAGGGGCGUGUGUCGUCCCAAAUAGAGGUUCUGUCUGCCUUAACGAACGGAAACUCACCCAUCUACACAGCCUUCCUCACCUACUGGAGCUAUGUGAUCCUGCUCAGCCCUGCCAUGCCCAUGUCUCUCUACAUCACGUUUGAGAUGAUCCACGUGCUGCACAGCCUGUUUAUAGGCUGGGACGUAGAGAUGCGAGGAGGGGUGGAGAGGUCCAUCCCUGCCCAGGCCCGGAACACCUCUCUGAAUGAGGAACUGGGUCAGGUGGGACAUCUGUUGAGUGACAAGACAGGCACCCUCACCCAGAACCGCCUGCUCUUCAGACAGUGCUGCAUUGCAGGGGACGUCUAUGGUGAUGCGUCAAUCAGUGCAGAGGAAUCACAGACAUUAGACCUGAGCUGGAACCCGUUCUCCUGUGGGGGUCUGUAUCUGUCUGACCAGCGGCUGGUGGACAAGUUGAGGGGGCAGCAGUGCACACAGAGCAGACAGUUCCUCACCACACUGGCACUCUGCCACACCGUCAUGACCGAAUGGAAGAACGGGGCCCCGGUGUACCAGGCUGCAUCCCCAGACGAAGAGGCCCUGGUGGGGGCAGCCAGGGAGCUGGGCUGGGUCUUCCUCUCCAGGACCAGGGACUCUCUGACAGUCAGUGAGCUGGGCCUCAAACGCCACUACCAGCUCCUCACUCUGCUAGACUUCACCAGCCAGAGGCGACGCAUGUCUGUACUGGUGCGGGAGCCAGAGGGAGGGCUGAAGUUAUACUGUAAAGGUGCUGACAUAGUGAUCCUGGAGAGACUACAAAAAGACUGUCCACAUCUGGAAAGCACUGAGAGAGCCUUAGAUCUGUUUGCCCAGUCCUGUCUGAGGACUCUGUGCAUAGCUGAGCGUACUGUAUCUGAGGCCAAAUGGGAGGAGUGGAGCAAAACCAUGGCCCAGGCUGCCAUGACAACCCGUAACCGUGAUGACAUGCUGGAACGGCUGCAUGACGACAUGGAGAGAGAUCUAAAGCUGCUGGGGGUGACAGCUAUAGAGGACCGGUUGCAGGACGAGGUCCCUGAGACCAUCUCCAUGCUCAGACAGGCUGGACUCAAAGUCUGGGUGCUGACCGGGGACAAGAAAGAGACAGUGGUGAACAUAGGGUACGCCUGCAGACUUCUGGAUCCUGAUACCAGACUACUAGAAGGGGAUGAACUGAGGCAGCUCCUCCAGUCUCCUGAUCCAGAGAUUACUUUCUCCAAGGGCAAAGAGACAGAGCUGUGGUGUGUGGACAGGGAGAGGGCUGGGGAGAAAUUAGCACUGGUCCUCACCGGCCCUGAACUGGCGGAGAUUGAUGCCAGGCCAGAGUGGGGUGCCAGGUUCAUGUCCCUGGCAGGGCUGUGCCAGUCAGUGCUCUGUUGCCGUGUGACUCCCGGCCAGAAGGCUGACGUGGUCACACUCGUUAGGAAAAACACCACCUCCAUCAUCAUGGCAAUAGGUGACGGCGCCAACGACGUGAACAUGAUCAAGACGGCUCAUAUAGGGGUAGGUUUGGCUGGGGUAGAGGGGGGUCAGGCAGUUCAGAAUGCUGACUAUACCCUGGCCAAGUUCAGAUUCCUACAGAGACUCCUAUUGGUCCACGGACGCUGGUCGUACCGCCGAAUUGCUGUCUUUCUGCGUUACUUCCUGUACAAAACCUGCAGCUUCGCUUUGGUGCACAUUUGGUUCGGCUUCUUCAACGGCUUCAGUGCCCAGUCUCUGUAUGAGAAUUGGUUCAUCAUCCUGUACACUGUGUUCUACACUGCAAUGCCAGUAGAAUGCCUGGGCAUUUUUGAGCAGGAUGUGAGUGCAGAGUGCAGUCUGAGCUGGCCGGAGCUCUACAAGGUUGGCCAGAGACAGGAGCUGUUCAACACCUGGCUGCUGGCUGCCACCCUGCUCCAUGCCCUCUACACCUCUCUGGUUCUCUUCUUUAUGCCCCUGGGGGUCUUCUACAACUCUGCCCUGGACUACCAGACCAUGGCCGUCACUGUCAGCAUAGCAUUGUUGUUCUCUGCCACCAUUGAGGUUAAAAGAAUCAUUCUCCUGACCAGACACUGGACUAAGUGGAGUGUGGCUGCGAUGUGUGUCAGCUUUGGCCUGUUCUUUGUGUGUACGCCUAUCACUCACAGUCCCAAGCUAUUUGAGAUGUCCCCAGUUGACUACUACUUCCCUGGUGUGUCUCAGAAUGCCUUCCCCAGCCCGGUGGUGUGGUUCACAGCCCUGCUGACAGCCUGGACUGCUGUCCUACCCUCCUUUACCAUCCACACCCUCAACAUCAUCCUCACUAACCCAGACAAACAUAGGGUUCACAUCACCAAGCACGGGCCUGUAGAGCUGCAGAAGUCUGGCUUCAGGAGAGGAGACUCCCACCGCCGCUCCUCCUACGCCAUGUCUCAGGGCCGAGGCAUCGGCCGGCUCAUCACUUCUGGAGCUAGUCGCCGUAGCACAGCUCCGCCGCCCGUUUUUGGGGCUCAGAUGAACGAGGUGCUGAAGUACAGACCGCAGCCCUGA